AUGGCAAGCUCAGCAAGCGGCGCCGCCGUCCAUGUCUCGACGAGGGCGUCGACCACAAUAACAGCCUCCUCCCCGCCAAAAUCUACGAUACACGACGUGCUGGGGCCAACGGUGGCAGGGCCAAUAAUGCCAGCAACAGAACCGCUACCGCUGGCCCUCGCUGGAACCGGUCCGGCUGGCAAUAACCCGAUUGGUAUUAACGACAUGGGUCUCGAGGCACGAGCUCGGUGCAACCAAUGCGGACGACGGCGCACGACCUGCCACCACCCUCAACGCCCGCAGUCUCCGGCACCACCAGUUGCCCCAGCCGUCACGCUCCCGCCGCCCACCUCCCCGUCCUUCCAGCUGUCCUCCGUAAAUCCAAUUACCAACGGAAGUCUCAGCGCCGCCUACCUCCCCUUGUUUCCGCACCAGCAGCGCCCCCGCAGGCUCUCCAAGCUCAAGCACCGCAACCUUACGGCCACCUUUGCCGCCCCGCUAAUAAAAAGCGAUGGUCCUCCCCCGUUAACCGCUGCUGAUUUCCUCGCUGCUUCUGCCCGCAGCAGCAGCAGCAGCAGCAGGCCCGUCCCCGUCAGCAGCACCUCCAACGCCAUGGAGCCCCCCGUGCUGUCUUUUUACGGCAAGGAGCCCGUCCCGCUGCCCACCCGUUUCGCCCAGAUCAAGCGCAGCCUCGUCGAGGGCCAUGAGGCCGAGCUCGAGGCCUCGUGGGCCCGUCUGAUCGAGGCCCUGCGAGACGAGGUCGACGACAUUGCUCAGCGCGGCUCCCACCUCACGCCAAGCAUCGACUUUGCCGACAUGGACAAUGCCGAGAGCAGGGCUGCCUUCUCUCGCGAUCUCAAGCGCUACGGCCUGGGCCUGAUCCGCGGGGUCGUGCCCCGCACCGACGCACAGGUCACCAUCGACGAGACGGUCAAGUAUCUCGAGAAGCAGACCGACUUCAAGGAGCCCACGCCCCAGGAUCCGACAUGCUUUGACUUUUUCUGGACCCCUGCCCAGGUGCGCACCCGCGCCCAUCCCCGCGUCAUGGCUGCCCAGAAAUUCGCCAUGUCGCUGUGGGACAACAACGCCGACGACCGCAUGGUCACGCGCUUCCCCAUCGCCUAUGCCGAUCGUUUGCGCAUCCACGGCGCCAACAUCGGAGGGGUGGGUCCGGAUGCGCCGGCUGGCAAGAAGAAGAAGGCCGAAGACGAUAGUGUGGCAAACGACAGCAAAAGCCUGACCCCGGACGAGGAGGCGCAAAAGGCUGCGCUCGAACUGGAGCUGCUGGGUGAUUUUGCCUCGUCCACCGUGAUUGCGCAGGUCGACAAUGGCAGCUUGGAGCGCUGGGAGCCCGACGGAUAUGGGCGUGGAGGCACCUACCAGGCUGUGUUCAACGGCGAGUGGGAAAAGUAUGACCCAUGGGACCCAACCCACCGGGUCAGCGCCACGUCUGAUCUCUACAACGGUUACGGCGCAUGCAGCGUCUUCCGCAUGUACCAGGGUGUCGUCGCCCUGAGCACCAUCGAGCCUGGUCUUAUACGCCUGCUCCCUAGCCCCAAGCUGGCCACCGCCUACUUUCUGCUCCGUCCUUUCUUUUCCCCCAAGACCAAGGCUCCAGAACGCCGUGAUGGCCCCGAGUGGGAAGCCUUCCUGGACCCGUCCAACUGGGCGCUCGACAAGGAGCAAUCCACCAUCAUCCACGGUGCUGUUCCUGGCCACGCGCAACGGUUGACGGAGCUGUGGCAUCCUCACCUGCACCUUCGCAAGACUCUUGUCACCAUCCCGACCCUGCAGACGGGCGACUACAUUGUCUGGCAUCCCGACCUGGCCUAUCACAUCACCUCCAACCCCAACGUCAUGGCGAGCCGCGCACCAACGCCGCCGCCCAUGGGCGAUGAAGACAAGCCCCCUAGCCGCCCCGUCUCGAUCCUCGUCUACGUCCCGGCCGCGCCGCUCACACAAAACAACGCCCUCUACCUUGCACGCCAGCGCAAGACCUUUCAGCGAGGUCACCCCAGUCCCGACUUUGACUCCACCGGCAGCGGGCUCGGAAGCGAGGCGACACACAUUGGUCGUGUUGGUGAGACCGAGAUUGCCGAGAUUGGUGGGCCAGCGGGACUGCAAGCCAUGGGUCUUGCGCCCUUUGACGUUGCACCCACGCCGCCCGCCGACAUCAACGGUGGCAGCCCGGAUGCCGAUGUCGAGAUGGACGACUCUGUCGCCGCCGCAGCUGCCGGCAAAUCCAACUCUGUCACUAGGGCCGAGGCUGAAGUCGCCAGGUUGGCCAACAUCAUCCUGUUUCCCGACCGGUACGACUUCUACAUGGCCAAGAGGACAGGCAACACCAGGAAGCGGAGCAGGGAUGAAGCCGAGAGCGAGUCGUCGCCGGCUCCAACGUCAGAGGUCAAGCGAGAGGACAAGGGCAAGGGCAAAGAACAGGACACAGAUGCGGGUCGGUGA